CUCUGUAAAAACAACUCGAGGAAAAAUACCAACGCAUAUUAAGAAGGGAAGAAAAGGAACAUUGGAAGAUGGAUCAUGUUAAACAAAACCACGAGAUAAGAUUUUGAGGACAUUUCUGAAUUAUGAAAAAAGGUGUAGUUUUUGACAGUUGAGAGAGAAGGGAAGUUUUGCUCUGUUUUUCUGUUUGAUUGAAAAUGAAGAAGGAGAGGAAAUGGGAAGUUUGAGGUGGCAAAAUCGAAGCUCCUAGAUAAUCUAUCGAGGGAAUAUAGUAAAGUUUUUGCUGUGAAAUAAAUGGAAAACAAAAAAUGAAUAAAAACAGAGAGAGAGAGAGAGAGAGAGGUAGGCACGAAAAGAAGGGAAGAAGAAGAAGAAGGGGGGGAGAGAAGUGAAGGCUUGGUCAACGGAACGGAAUUAAAAAAAGAAUAAGAAGAUGAAAGCGCGUCCUUUUACGACGGAAAUGGAGACCCUCUAAACCACUAAUCAUCGAUUUCCACUCUCUCUCUCUCUCCCUGUCUCUGUGCCGCCGAAUGGACAGUUUGAAACGGAUAGUGUUUUCCAACUCUCUCAACGGUUUAACCACGCCCACAUCCAAGAACAUCUAAUUAUUAAUUAUAUAUUAUUAUUCACUAAUUUUGAUGAUUUUUUUUUUUUACGAAAAAAAAUCCCAUCCCGGCUUGGUGCAAAGCAGAGGGAUUGGAGAAAGAGAAAGGGAAAACAAGAAGCUGGUAAGGAGAGAGAAAAUUAGAGAGAGAGAAAAACAGAGAGACGGAGACAGAGGCAGAGACCUGGUUGAGACCCAGAAGAUGGUCGAAGAGAAACUGCUCUGAGAUCAUCCUCAAGGGGCAGUAAUUGAAAAGAAAAUUUCAAACAAACAAAAUCUUUCUUUCUUCUUUAUCUUUUUAUCCCAUUUUUUCUUUUUCUUUGCUGCCUUUCGUCUCAACAUCUUUUUCCUUUUUGUUUCUAAUCGACCCACCCACCGACGUUCUUCUUCCUUACAAAGAUUCUUACCAAAUUUUCUUUGUGGGGUUCUCUAAUUUUACAUUUUCAGACAAUCCUUGUAAUUUUUUUUUACAUCUCUAUCAACAUCCCAAACGGAGAUUCUUCUGCACUUUUUCCUUCCCACGGGAUUCUGUGGAUUCAGCCUUGUUGAGCUGGGUAAUGAGCUUCUUGCCGGAAAAGGGUUUGUGAAACCGAUUUGAGAAACCAAAGAUGAGGGACCCUUAUACGGUUGCUGGUCGCGGCAGCCCUUGUGAUUUCAAAUGAAAUUGUAACAUAGGUCUUUUCUUAGUUUAGCCCAAUUUACCCAUACCAAGUUUUUCCUUUUUUUUUUUUUUUUUUUUUUUUUUUUUGUUUUGAUCAAUACUCGACUCCGGUUUCAAGUGCUUUCGUCGGGAUAGUUUGCAUAGAAAACCUGGCGAUUUUGUGUAGUCUAUUGCAUAGCUCUGCGGCUAUUGAACUCUGCUGCAUUGUGAUCACCAAGAAAUGGGGGAUGGAUGGAUCCCACGAGCAUUUCGGUUUUCAACUUUCUUGGCUUUGAUUGUUGUUUCCGGUAUUGAAGUUUGUUUCUCACUUAAUGAUGAAGGAUUGGCGCUAUUAGCAUUCCGGGCUCAAGUAACUUCUGAUCCUCAUGCUGCUUUUGAUGAUUGGAACCCGAAUGAGAAUGAUCCUUGCAGAUGGGCUCGUGUUCAUUGCGUCAAUGGCGAAGUGCACAAGCUGGAUCUGAGUGGUCUUAUGUUAAAAGGAACUUUGGCACCAGAACUUGGGAGACUUAUUCAUUUACAAUCGCUUAUUCUCUAUAAGAAUUGUUUCUUUGGCACCAUUCCUCGUGAAAUUGAAGGACUAACACAGUUGAAGUUGUUGGAUUUGAGGGAAAAUAACUUAAGUGGAACAAUUCCUACAGAAAUAAGCAGGAUUAUUAAUCUAAAGUACUUGUUGCUUUGUGACAAUGAAUUUGAGGGCAGUGUCCCAUUAGAGCUUCAGAAUCUCAGCUCUCUCUACGAAUUACAGUUUGAUGAUGACCUCGUAUUUCUAUGGGAUGCUGAAGUUGGCAGUGUAUAUAGAAACCUUGGUCACUGCAUCUGGCAGAGAAAUCCCAUUUAUAUGAAAAGUUCAGAUGCAUCUGCAAGUGAAGAUAAUUCAUUUGUUCGAUACUUAAGCACCUUGCCAAAUCCGCUGCUCAAGCAUGGGAAGGACUCUCAGCCUGACCAUAAGGAAAGUAAUGAUGAUUAUCUACCUAGUUCUGUUCUAGAAGAAGUGGACGAAAGUGCACAGAAUAUUGCCAAUACUCAUCGGCGUAAGCUUCUUGAUGAAUCGAGCAACCUUGCGGCUGCACCUGUUAGCAGUUCAUUGCCCUCUUCAGAUUCAGUCAAUACCGUUACAAGUUCCAGAAGUAGUGGCACUUUUCCAGCUGUACCAAAGAAACAUAAACAGGGAACUACGCCUACACCAGCCCCUCCUCUUUCCCAUCCCCAAGCACGAAAUACUUCGUCCUCCUCAGAUCCACUGACAACUCAACAAAAUCAAACUGAUGAUUCUAGAAAUUUCUGGAAGUAUGUUAUCAUAAUUGGAGGUGUAUCUUUAUCAGUUAUUUUGGCUACAAUAAUCUUCUGUAUGUGCCGAAGCCGAGGAGUGACAACCAUUGGUCCUUGGAAGACUGGAUUGAGCGGGCAGUUGCAGAAAGCAUUCAUAACAGGGGCACCCAAAUUAAAUCGACCAGAAUUGGAAGUAGCCUGUGAGGAUUUCAGCAAUAUCAUCGACACUUUUGAUUGUUGUACCAUCUACAAAGGAACACUAUCAAGUGGAGUAGAAAUUGCUGUUGCCUCCGUCUCAGUUACUUCCUCUAAAGAUUGGUCAAAGAGUUCAGAGCAAACCUAUAGGAAGAAGAUUGAUACGUUAUCGCGAAUCAACCACAAGAAUUUUGUUAAUCUUCUUGGCUAUUGUGAGGAGGAAGAACCCUUUACUAGGAUGAUGGUGUUCGAGUAUGCACCAAACGGAACUCUUUUCGAGCACCUACAUGUUAAAGAAGUUGAACAUCUUGACUGGGGGGCAAGGAUGAGGAUAAUUAUGGGAACAGCAUAUUGCCUUCAGUAUAUGCAUCAUGAUCUAAAUCCCCCAGUGGCACAUACUAAUCUAACGUCAACAUCUAUUUAUCUAACUGAUGAUUACGCUGCGAAGAUUGCAGAGAUAAUUUUCUUAUCAAAUGGGAUAUCGAAAUAUAGGAACGGCAGCAACCAUGAUAAUACUGAGCACUCUGAGUUGCCACCCCUCGCCGACCCAGAAUCAAAUGUGUACAGUUUCGGAGUACUGUUGCUUGAAAUCAUCUCAGGAAAGCUCCCAUACUCAGAAGAACAAGGGCCUCUUGUGAACUGGGCUGCAGAGUUUCUAAAUGACAAGAGGAGUAUUAGCUACAUGAUUGAUCAAAGUCUGAAAUCAUUCAAAAACAAUGAACUGGAUGUAAUCUGUGAAGUGAUCCAAGAUUGUAUCAAAUCAGAUCCAAGAAUGAGACCAACGAUGAAAGACAUAACUCCAAAACUAAGGGAAGUGAUCGGUUUAUCGCCGGACCAAUCGGUCCCAAGACUGUCUCCUCUUUGGUGGGCUGAACUGGAGAUCUUAUCUGUGGAGGCUACUUGAACAACAACAGCAACUACAACACUUGUGUCUCCUUCUGUCUCCAUUGUUGCCAAGUAUAGUAUGUUUUUUUUUUCUUCUGUGUUAAUAUCUAAAACCAAACAUAGCCUCUUUCAAACUCUGGCUCCUCCCCUGCUCUUCAUUUGCUUUGCUCUCAGUCUCUACAACACAUGGCAUUUGGAAAGUGGAACCCUUUUCUUGUUCUUUUUCUUUUUUUUCUUUUUCCUCCUUUUUUUCUUGGUUUUUUCAUGUAAGCAAGCCCUCACAAUUCAUUUGAUUCAGAUUCUUUUCCACAA